GCCCUUGGACCGAGAGCGUCAGUAUGUAUACAAUUUCAUGGUGGUCGCAACUGAUGGAGGUCGUUACAGUACACGCUCUGCAAGUGUGCCCGUGCAAAUAGUCGUCGAUGACGUGAAUGACAACCGGCCCAUCUUCGGGCGUUACCCUUUCAGAGCACAAGUACCUUCACUCGUUCAGCCUGGCCAAAUGCUCCUACAAGUCGGUGCUACCGACGUCGAUACCGGCAUGAACGCUGAAGUUCUUUAUUCACUGGGCAACAAUGCUGACGCAGCGACACGCAAUAAAUUCCGAAUUAACCCCAACACUGGCGUGGUGAGCGCUACACAGAGCCUGGCUAGUGAAUCAGGUCGGCUGCUGCACAUUGAGGUGGUGGCACGGGACAAAGGCAAUCCGCCGCGCGUUACCCUCGGCCUCAUAGAAUUGCGCGUAGGUGAAAAGGCAGUCGGCACACCGGUGCUACGUUUCCAAAACGACACUUUUCGACUAAAGUUGCGUGAAAAUAUGGCAGUGGGCAUGAGUGUGCUGCAGGUUUCAGCAGUGCGGACCGAUGUCCGACGGCAGCAGAUCCACUAUUCCAUUGGCACUGGGAAUGAGGAUGGUGUGUUCACAAUAAACUCUACCACUGGUGAGAUAAAAGUCGGUAAUGCAGCCUACUUUGACUAUGAACGCUAUAUAGGUAUCGCAUUGGAAGCUACGAGAGUAAGUGGCAGCUAUACAUAUCGUGGGCGUGCCAUGUUAUAUGAAGGUGAAGAAGAGUUGGGGGCCACCGGUGUAACCAGUUCCGUAGAGGAACUGUCUGAUAAUCAGCGAUCAUCUCGUAACCAGCGCGAAUUACAGACGUCUGCCGCCAAAGAAAAUAAACAAUUUUCUUCCUCCGCCACUCAUCCGCAUGAAUUGCGUUUGGUUCUCGUCGCUCGCACCAGUGCCACACCCGUGCUCUACGGCUAUGCAGAGUUGAUCAUCGAGUUGGAAGAUGAUAAUGACAAUAGUCCACACUUCACGCAAUCACAAUACUCGACAACGGUAUGGGAGGGCAACAAUAAGGGCACAUUCGUG